GUCAUGACGCAGGUUCAGGGAAGUGUUGGCGGAGGAGCAGAGGCAGACGGUGAGGAGGAGGAGAAGCAACUUUCUUCUUCUUCUUCUUUCUUUUCUUCUUCUGUUUUAUUUCUCGUGACUUUUUUCUCUCCGUGUUUCGAAGCCGGAACAGACGAGAAGAAAAAGAAAGAAGAAACCCGGGACAUUUACAGUGUCUCAUUACUUGAUCGCCCCUCGCUCUCCCUUGAUCUCCACAGCCUCGGGGCCCAGCAGCCAAUCAGAUUACAGCGGGGCAUCUGUUCAGUGAUGUCACACCGUUACUGUGGUUACGGCUCUGCUGUGAUGUCAUCAGUGUGCAGUCCGUGUCUGUCUGUGGACAAGUGAGCAUCACUGUGACUGAGGAGAGAGAGGGGGAGAGAGAGAGUCCUGGACCACAUGAACCACAGCUCCAUGGAGAUGGACCACGCCCACCACCACCACCACACCAUGGCUCCGCCCACCACCAGCGGACACGGCCAUGGGGGAGGAGGAGGAGGAGGAGGAGGAGGAGGAGGGCAUGAUGGGAACCAUGGAGGACAUGGCGGGAUGGUGAUGACCUUUUACUUUGGCUACAGCAACGUGGAGCUGCUGUUCACUGGACUGCUCAUCAACUCACCUGGAGAGAUGGUCGGGGCGUGUAUCGGUGUUUUCCUAUUGGCUGUCCUGUACGAAGGAUUAAAGAUCGGCCGGGAGGUGUUGCUGCGUCGCAGUCAGGUCAACGUCCGCUACAAUUCGAUGCCACUCCCCGGGGCUGAUGGGACGGUGCUGAUGGAGACGCACAAGACUGUUGGACAGCGGAUGUUAAGCCCUGCCCACUUCCUGCAGACCCUGUUGCACAUCAUCCAGGUGGUCGUCAGCUACUUCCUGAUGCUUGUCUUCAUGACCUACAACGGUUACUUGUGCAUUGCUGUGGCAGCCGGCGCCGGCAUGGGCUACUUCCUGUUCAGCUGGAGGAAAGCAGUGGUCGUUGACAUCACUGAGCACUGCCAUUAGCUGACAUGCUAAUUAGCAUUGCGUCAGGAAGUUUAAUUUCUGCUGAUUACAAUCAAGAAAAUGCUAACAUUACAUUCACUGUGCAUUAGCACAGUAGCUAACGCGCUAAUGGAACUACAAACCACCAGAAUGUUAGUGGCAAAUUCACUUAGUUCAUAAAAUGCGACACUAUUUUACAAAUGUUACUUAGUAACCAUGGUAACAACUCUUUAUAGGUUAGCAUGCACACUAACAAAUAUAUUUAAUGACUAAGGAUCCUCAUUUUACAGAAAACGAUGAUCACUUAUUGUUAUGUUUUUAGCCAGAUUUUUUGUGUGUGAACACCUGAUGGUGGAUGAGCCGACCAGUCAGAGCUCGGAUCACCUCAGAAGCUUCUGAUUGGCCAGAUCAUUCGAUCUGUCUUUAAAUUUCCUUUUUUUGUGCCAUUACAACUGGAAAAUUAGCGCUAGCUGCUGCUAGCCAAAAAGUUAGCGUUCAUAGCUUAUAUACUUUUUUUUUUGUUAGCAUAGUUAACAGCUCAUUAGAAGAUCCACUAAUUAUAACAGUAUUUAAAUAGCUGUUUGUUUAUUUAGAGUCUAAUUUAUUAGGGAAUCAAUGUUUUACAGAAGUAUUUGUUAGCUGAAGUUGUAAAAAAAAAAAAACAUCAAAAAUUACAUUUUUUGAUGUUUUUGCUUUUUGUUGUUGAAAAUUUUCUUUUUUCGUUAUAAAAUCAUCGACAUGAAUCCGUGACCCACUUCUUUAAUCUUUAUCAGCUGACAGAAUUAAAUUUAAAGAAAAUCAGAAUCAGUUCAGAAUCAAUUAUCCAAACUUUUACUUUAAAAACAUCAGAACUUCAAUAUUUUUACAAAAGUUAAUAAAAAAAAUCUGAUUUGUUUGUUUUUUUUCACAUAAAAGUUUAAUUAAUCAGGCAGUUUACAUUUAGGACAAACUUUUACAUUUAGAUUAAUUUCUCUUCUUGUUAAAGAAAAAACCAUCAGCUUUGGUUUUUCUAAACUGAAAAUGAACAUUUUUUUUGUUUGUGGCCAUUUACACUGUUUUCUUUCAAAUAUUUUUUAAAUAAUUUUUUGUUCAGCACAUCUUUUUUUUAUGUCUGAUCAUUCACCAGUUUCCUUUUUAAAUAACACGAGUCCCAGCUUAUAUUUCAUAAUGAGUUAUAAAUGAUUAGGUUUAGUUUGUUAUUAACACGUUUCUUGUUCCUCCUGGGCCACCAUCGGCCUUAAACUCGACACCUGUUGCCUUAAUGUGGCCGACGAGUGGAGACGUCCUGACGUACGAUGUACUACUGACUGGAGGCCAGUUUCUGAUCUGUAGGUGCUGCUGUCGUCAGCCUGGAGGCUCUGCUGCUUUCACUUCACCACAACUUGAAAACUUUAAUCUUUUUCUCAGUUGUUGUCGAUUGAAGCUCAUUUCAGCCGAACUCAGGAUGAAUCGUCAGGAACGACCAAAAAAAUGCAACAAGUCAAAACUCCUGAUGUAGAUUCUCCUUUGUCUCUGCUCAAAGUCAUUCAUGUUGUGAUAUAUUGUGAUUUUUUUUUUUUAAUAAAUUGAUUCACACUGAGAGGAGGGCGGGGUUUACUGAACGGACCAAUGAGAGCAGGGACAGGUCAGUUACUGGACGGUUGAGACACAACAGCAGUGGUGUCUGUGGUUUUUUGUCUUUGUGUGACAGAUUCAAGCUUCAGAUUCAAGCUUCAGAUUUCCUCUCAGUGUGAAUCCUCUCGUCCCUGUGGGUGAAAAAUGAAUUUGAGGCUUUAUGAUUAAAACAUGAUGAAAAUUGUCUGUGAAGGAAACUUAUAGCAGAAUAUUAAAGUGUCUGAAAAUGUUUUAAUUGUUGUGUCAAAUGCUGGAAUCAUAAAAAACAGAAUAAAGUUUAUGAAGAAACUGUCA